AUGAGUUAUAUCCGGCGCAUGACGCCGAUGGACAUGUUCUCAUUGAACCUGACCAAUCUCGACGCUCUGACCGAGAAUUAUGACCUCGGAUUCUACCUGAACUAUCUCAUGCGCUGGCCUUCGCUGUUCAGCGUGGUUCAGGACCGAGAUGCAGGCAUUGUGGGAUACAUCAUGGGAAAAUUAGAAGAACAGCCAGCCGCAAUGCGCCAUUCGGAACAUUACACACCUUGGCACGGUCACAUUACAGUCCUAACCGUUGCGCCGGCAUGGCGAAGACUUGGAUAUGCGCGACGAUUGACGGAGAGCUUGGAGCAUUCGUCUGAUAUAAAUGAUUCGUGGUUUGUCGAUUUAUAUGUUCGGGCGACGAAUCGGGUGGCAGUGGAUAUGUACAAGGGCAUGGGGUACUCUGUCUUCCGGCGCGUCGUGAAUUACUACCAAGACGAUCCUUCCGGAAUGUCCGAGCAAGGCGAAGAUGCGUUCGAUAUGCGGAAACCUUGCAGUCGGGAUAAGGAUCUUAUACAUGUUCGAGAAGAUGGGGAGAACUUUUUGGUGAAUCCGGAGGAUGUUUAUUGA